AUGGAAGGAGAAAGAAGAGAGGGAAAUAUGGUGGUUGAUGAAGAAGAGGAGAAGAUCAACACUUUUUACACUUUGGUUAGAAAUAUAAGAGAUGUCCAUAAUCAAAUGUCGAGUGGUUCCAAAGGGAAAGGGAAAGCGGAGGAAAAGGAUAUGAAACCAACUUGGACCCCAUCCUUCACCUGGGAAGAUUUUGCCGAGGAGGAUCAUCAUGAGCAAUUCAGAGGCAAUUUUGAAAUGCUCCCACCUCCUCCUCCUCCUUCCUCUAAGAAUAUUGAUGAAGGACAGCAACCCACAACAGAUCAGAAAAGGCAAGAUGAAGAUUUAGAUCUCAAUCUUUCACUUUGA